UGGAGACCGCCGCCCGUAGCGGGGCUGCCACGCCGCACCGCGGGGAUAAUAAAGUUUUGAACAGUGCCUCCCGAAGAAGUGUGAUGAGAAAUGGCUUUAGGAAACAAUACCCAGAGAAGUUAUUCCAUCAUCCCCUGCUUCAUCUUUGUUGAGCUUGUCAUCAUGGCUGGGACUGUUCUGCUCGCCUACUACUUCGAGUGCACCGAUACUUUUCAGGUGCAUAUCCAAGGUUUCUUCUGUCAGGAUGGCAAUUUGAUGAAACCAUACCCUGGAACAGAGGAUGAGAGCUUCAUUUCACCUCUUGUGCUCUACUGUGUGCUGGCUUCAACUCCGACAGCUCUUAUUUUUAUUGGUGAGAUAUCCAUGUAUUUCAUAAAGUCAACCCGAGAAACACUAAUUAUUCAAGAGAAAACUAUUGUGACUGGAGAGUGCUGCUACCUGAACCCACUGCUUCGAAGAAUAAUACGUUUUAUAGGAGUGUUUGCGUUUGGACUUUUUGCCACUGACAUAUUUGUAAACGCUGGCCAGGUUGUGACUGGGAACUUGGCUCCCUACUUCCUGACUGUAUGUAAACCCAACUACACUGGAAAUGACUGUCGGGCCCACCACCAGUUCAUAAACAAUGGCAACAUCUGCACUGGGGAUGUGGAGGUGAUUGAAAAGGCAAGGAGAUCCUUUCCAUCCAAACAUGCUGCUUUGAGCAUCUACUCAGCUUUAUAUGCCACGAUGUACAUCACAAGCACAAUUAAAACAAAGAGUAGCAGGCUAGCCAAACCUGUGCUGUGCCUGGGUACCCUGUGUGCUGCAUUCCUCACCGGGCUAAAUCGAGUUUCUGAGUAUCGAAACCACUGUUCGGACGUGAUCGCAGGCUUCAUCUUGGGGAGUGCUGUAGCUUUGUUUCUGGGGAUAUGUGUUGUCCAUAACUUUAAAGGCACUCAUGGAGCUACUUCUAAACCGAAGCCUGAAGACCCACGAGGAAUGCCACUAAUGGCUUUUCCAAGGGUGGAAAGUCCUCUGGAGACAUUGAGUGCACAGAAUCACUCUGCCUCUAUGACUGAAGUAACCUGAGAUGGAAGACUGGCAACCGAAGCUAUUUUUUAUUACCCUCCAGUACAAUACUCCAAGACACACAGUUACUAAAUGUCUAACUGUGAUGACCAGUAUUAUGUUAUGUCUAGUUAGAGGCUAAUGUUUUGUACUUUUUUUGUAUGAGGAAGUGAUGUAGCUUGCCCUGAUUUUUUGUCAGCUUUAAUAUUAUUAUGCCAGAAUUUAAAAGCAAAAUGGAAAAAGAACAAAAAAAACCUUUUCUUGUUUAAAGUGUGCACUGAGGAACUACAUCUAUGGAAUUGUUGAUGUUGUUAUGUGAUAUUUGUACACAAUUUUUUUUUUCAUUUUUGAAUUUAUAUAUCUUGAAAAAAAAAAUUCACUUUUACCUUUUCUUACCAUAAGAAGUGCUUCUACCAGUGGGUCAGAUUCUGAUCUGAGUAAGCUCAGCAUAGAUCUGAAGUAAUUGCAUAUAUUUAAUUCAGACUAAAAUAACGGUGAUCAGGAAUCUAACCCAAAUGAUACUAUCAACAAGUAAUAAACAUCCAUUCUUGAUUCAGUGAGCUACUUAAGCAUUCCUUAGCGUUAUGGACUUCAGUUAGCCCUCCUGUUUCCAGACUACGUGGCAGACUUGAAGUAUGUCCUUAAGCAUCUCACUGAAUCAAAGCCUGAUUGUUCUGGUGUGGGUGAUUGUGCUAGUUAUUGAAGAAUAACUAAAACAACGUACUCAGUCUGCAAUAUAGACAGACUGGACAUGAAAAUUUAUAGUAGUAGCUGAUAGCAUGUGAGCUGACUAUAUCAUCUCCCUAGAUCUCUGUUCCUCCCUGAGGCCCAGCUAAAGCUCCCAGUGAAACCUGGCUUCAGGAAUUGACUAUGGGGAUAUACAGCCACCACUGUGGAGCUGAGGCUGUGCUUUAAGUGUUUCAUAACUUCAUCAUAGAUUUGUGGGGUAACUAGUAACACUGGUGCAAAGGAAAAGUGACACCACUUCUUCAGUGGAGUGGCAUUACUUGGCAUUCAGAUUGGCAUAACCAAGAAACCCAUUUUGCCCCGACAGUGUAGUUUUCACUGAGGGGCUUUGGCAAGUCAAAAAAAAAAAAAAAACCAAACCCAAACCUGACACAGUCUGUAGUGGCAGUCUGCAUUUUUGUAAAUGCUGCCAUACAGAAUUUAUAUCAGAACUGCUAUUUUAUAAUUUAACAACUUUGUUUAAGGAAUAAAAAGACAAUUAAGCGUGGGUGCGGGGUGGGCAAAAGAACAAAAAAGAGCCCAUUUACAAUAGCUAGAACUGGGGCAAAGGCUUCAUUACAUGACUUUUCACUGUUUCUAGGAUUUUCCUGCAUCUCAUUCUUCUAGCAUGGUGAUAACUGCUGUGUGUCUCCUUUAAAGAAUGGAGCCUCUGUCUGUACUUUUACUGGAAUGUUUACCUCACAUUUCCAUGUUGGUUCUUCUUGGCUUUUUUUGUAUAUUUUUUCCA